UCUUGGCCCCACCUCAGGGCGUGCUUUGGAGGCCGCGUCCUUCCACUUCACGCUCUUUCGCACGUGUUGUAGUAGCCCGGAGGGCAGAUCUACCGGUCCUCUGUUCCCCAGCCUGGAAUGAACCGCUUUCUGUUGCCGGUGUCCGUAGUGGGCACGGUGAUCGGUGGCACCGUGCUUCUCAAGGACUAUGUCGCUGGUGGGGCUUGUCCCAGCAAGGCCACCAUACCUGGGAAGACUGUCAUUGUGACAGGAGCCAACACAGGCAUUGGGAAACAAACUGCUUUGGAACUGGCUAAAAGAGGAGGCAACGUCAUUCUGGCCUGUCGUGACAUGGAGAAGUGUGAGGCAGCUGCGAAGGACAUUCGUGGAGAGACCUUGAAUCCCCAUGUGCGCGCCCAGCACCUAGACUUGGCUUCCCUCAAGUCCAUCCGAGAGUUUGCUAGGAAGAUCAUCAAAGGUCACUUCCUGUUGACAAACUUGCUGCUGGACAAGCUGAAGGCCUCGGCCCCUUCGCGCAUCAUCAACUUGUCCUCCCUGGCUCAUGUUGCUGGGCACAUAGACUUUGACGACUUGAACUGGAAGACGAAAAAGUAUGACACCAAGGCGGCCUACUGCCAGAGCAAGUUGGCUGUUGUCCUCUUCACCAAGGAGCUGAGCCGCCGGCUGCAAGGCACAGGUGUGACGGUCAAUGCUCUGCACCCCGGUGUGGCCAGGACAGAGCUGGGCAGACAUACAGACAUGCACAACUCUGCCUUCUCCAGCUUCACACUUGGGCCCUUCUUCUGGCUGCUGUUCAAGAGUCCCCAGCUGGCGGCCCAGCCCAGCACGUACCUGGCAGUGGCAGAGGAACUGGAGAGUGUUUCUGGGAAGUACUUUGAUGGACUCAGAGAGAAGGCUCCGUCUCCUGAGGCUGAAGAUGAGGAAGUAGCCCGGAGACUUUGGGCUGAAAGUGCUAACUUGGUGGGCUUGGACAUGGCUCAUGGGUCCUCUGGAAGGGGGCAUUCCCUUCCCAGAUAACCUUCAAAGAUCCAGAUGGAACUGUAUUACCAAGGCCUCUGGCUGCCAUGCCCUCAUCCUCUGGGGCACCUUUGGCAUUGUUACUCUCAAGACCAUGGUUGCUGGCUGCCAUGCAUUCAUCUUCCUCUAGAGGCAGUGUUGGCACUGUCAGAAUCUUAAGACUAUAGCUGUUGGCUGCCAUGCUCUCAUCUUCCUUUAGAUGGCAAUGUUGGUCCUUUUUUGUUGGCUAACCACAUUUAGUUGGACCACAGCUGAGCAUUGACAGGGGUAUGUGUGGUGGUGGCAGGUGGUGUCUCUCUUGGGAAUGGUUUUGGGCAAUGUUUAAAGGUAGCUGUGGUGGUGACUGAUUGAUCUUCUGUUAAAGAGCGGGUAAUCAGACAAAAUGGCCAGUCAGUCAUAGUUCUUUGUGGGCCUUUGCACACUUCUGCCUCCUUUCUGAGAGCUGGCUGUUGUUUCUAAAGCAACUGGGGAGGAAAAGGGCUUACUUUAGCUUACAGGUUAUAGUGCAUCAUGGAGGAGGGAAGCCGCGGCAGGAGCUCAAGGCAAGAGCUUGACGCAGAUACCAGGCUUACACUCAGAUAACUGUCUUUUUAUUUUCAUCAUCAUCAUCAUUAUUUUUUAAUGGAGAGUCUUACUCUGUAACUCUGGCUUUCCUGAAACUUGCUCCAGAGAGAUCUGCCUGCUGGGAUUAAAGACACGUUGCCAUGCCUGAGUCAGGUACCAGCCCAGGCCUACCUGCCCAGGAAUGGGACCACCCACAGUGGGCUUGUCCCUUCUGCACCAAUUAGCAAGCAAGAAAUGUCCACGGACAUUCACCAAGGGCAUUCUGGUCCAAGCAGUUCUCCAGUUGAGGACCCCUUCCUCUUCUGGGUGUGUCAAGCUGAUAACCAAAGUAACCAGGACGGCUCUUGAUUUUAAACAGCUGUGGGUAACUGCUACCUCAUGGGCUGGUGUGGGCAUUAAACUCUUGUCUGGCUCAGUAAAGGACAGCUACGGACCUCUUGUGUCCUGGCCCAGAGGGAAUGGAGUGAAAAGCUGCUGGCAGCUGCCUCUGAGGACCAGCAUGACCUGAGAGCAUGACCUCUCCAAUUCCUAUGAUAAUUUUAACCUUAGAUUCUCAAGCUUGCUGUAUGAUUAUAAUAACUUGCUGGGUGUAGUAACACCAGCACUUAAGAGGUGGAGGCAGGAGGAUCAGGCAUUCAAGGUCAUCCUCUGCCAGCCUGGGCUAUACAAGAUCCUGUCAAAACAAGUCAAAACAGUGAAAUCUCCAAAUGUAGCUGAGUCAUAGAUUUAAAAUAAAAACAAACAUUUGCUUAGUGUGUAUGUGUGUACGCAUGUGCGCAGGUAUGCUCUUGAGUGCCAAGUUCAUUCAGAGGACUACUUGAGGGAAUCGUUCUUGUCUUGUGAGUCUUGGGAUCCAACUCAGUUUGUCCAGCUUUGUGACAGAGACUUUCACCUCUGAACAUAUUGCCACAUGACCCUGAACCUGAGUCAUAGGUUUUAUUUUAUCCAUUGUAUAUGGAAUUUAUUCCACACACAACUUGUAUAUUUAUUCCUUUUAAGAAACCGACUUUUAAGUUACCAAGGCAAUGAAGCAAGCCGCUGCAGACUCUGUGGUGGAAGGCGCAGCUCACCAUAUGGCAGUGAUCGCUGAGGUCAGGCUGUCUUAGGGAACUUCUGCUUCAGAAAUGGGACACUCAGCUGGGAUGUAGAAUUUCCGGAGCAUCAAAAAGUGCCUGAGAAGAGGACUCCAAAUCUGGAACUGGAGUUUACAGUUGUAAGUCUCCAUGUGGGUGCUGGGAAUUGAACCCAGGUCCUCUGGAAGACCAAGCCAGUGCUCUUAACCACUGAGCCAUUACAACUGUUAGAUUCUCCUGCCUCCGUCUUCCCUGUUUAAUGAUCCCCUUGGUCAUAUAAGCCCAUCAGGAUAAUCCAAGAAAAUGCUUUACUGUUUUAAAAUCAGUAGAGCAGACUUAAUGCUAUCUUAUCUGGUCCUGUUUGCCAGGUAAAGUAACACAGUCCUUUGUUCCUGUGUCCCGGGUUCUGGUGAUGGGAUCUAGCUACCCUGGGAAAGGCCGUUGCUCUGCUGACUGUAUACUCCCUUUCAUAAAGCCUGGCUCUUAAGGUUUUUCAACGACUCCCACUUAUUUCUCAUCCAUUCUGGUCUGCUUAAAUUAGGCUGGCUCAACUCCACUUUUUUUUUCUUUUGAGACAGUUUCACUGUGUAGUUCAGACUAAACUUGAACUCUAGAUCUUCUCAUCUCAGCCUCUCGAGCCCAGAGAUUACAGGCCCACCAUAUGGUGCCAACUUGCAAUGUUUACAACCAAAUAAACAGAAAAAUACA